AUGGCUGGUAUGCUGCCAGGAGUUGAAGCCGCCAGAAGGAGGAGAUUUCACAUAACCAAUAAUGGCGCCCACCAAUCUCCAGCUGCCACGUCAUCCCGGCGUUCUUCAUUCUGUCUGCACGCUAUUAGCCACAACCCCCAUUCUAAUUCUCCCCAGCCGAAAAUCAGGAAUCCGACAGUUAGGCAGCUGGGGAAUGAAACGAUGAUGCGUGAUGAUGAAAGCAGGCUCGGUGACGCUGCAAGAGAAGCCAAGAAGAGGUUGGAUGAGAGGUUUCAACCAAAACAGAGAUCACAUAAAAACAACAGCACAUUUUCAAGCUUAGAAUUGCCAAAUAAUUUGAAGAGGAGUGGAUUAAUAUUGAUGAAGAGGCGGAGUUGGUUGAGAGUUAGAUGGAAAUCAUGUGAAGAAGGUGAAUGUCCGGUGUGCUUGGAGCAAUUGGGGGUGGGGAGCUUUAUGCAGCUGCCGUGUGCUCAUAGGUUCCACACCAAGUGCUUGGUGCCAUGUAUAAUGGCUAAUGCCCUCUGCCCUUGUUGCAGGACGGAAAUUCACCCUAGUAAUAACUAA